AUGAGCUUGAAAGAAGUAUUCGAACAACAUCCAUGGAGGUCAUUUAAGAAGUUCAAUGAAGCUGCAAAGAGUUGGGGAUUUACUAACAGAGCUGAAGUGAAAAGGUUCUUUGACAAAAAUGUUGUACAUCAAACAAAAAUAAACCCUUACGACUACUUUUUACCAAUUUACUCCAACGCUCCUGACGCAUACCAAUUUGACACUCUCGUUCAGAGUAAGAAAGGAGGACAUAAACCAUUCCUCAUCUUCAUUAAUGUUAACACUCGCAAAGCAUAUGCAUAUCCAAUGAGGAAUAAAGGAACUCGUGAAGUGUUAAGAGUUUUACAAAAGUUUGUAGCAGAACAUAGCCCAAGUACUUUAACAUCAGACCAAGACGGUGCAUACCUCAGCAAUGAAAUCACAGAUUUUCUCAUUAAGCAUAACAUAACUCACUACACUACUGAAGACCAUAACCAUAACAUACUCGGCAUCAUAAACCGCUUCAUAAGGACUCUCAGAGAUUUAAAUCAAGAGCGAGACUUUACCGAAGAAACAAUGAAACAUUUUCUCGAAGUAUAUAAUUCCUCAACACAUUCUACAACAGGACAUACACCAAAUUCAAUGACACAACAACAAGAAGAAAAGUAUAUACAAAAGAAACGAAGCCAAACACAAAAUAUCAGAAAUUCAACACAAUUUACCCUCAUUCCUGGUACAAAAGUUCGUGUAGUUCUUGACGACAAACC